AUGUUAUAUAUUGGAUAUUCAAGCUGUUGCACCCCUUCGAAAGUGGAGCAAGGCGAGUUCCAGGGAAAUUUCUAAGUACUUGUCACAUUCCCAUCUGUACCAUUUGUCCUUGCCAUACUUUGUUAGAUAUCGCGCUAUGUAAUCUAGUGGUGGGUACGCGGUAGCGCCCUCAACAGGUGCAGCGCUACCAAAAAUUAACGCUUGGAAAGCGUGGCAGAGAAACUUGCAUUUCCCCCAUCGAGUUAGCUAAUGCAGUAGCUACCGGAAUAGCUACUCCAGGACACGGUGCUUUGGCAUUUGGAGAGAAACGCUACAAAUCCAUCAGCACGAGAGGAAAGAUAAGCAGUAGCUGCGGAAGGUUGAGUCUUCCGUCGAGACAGAGGCCUCAUUCUUUCUUGGGGCGACAACCCAUCAAGUAUUGGUUGCACUGAGGAAAGAAAGAGAGGAGAUCAACAAUGGUGAAACUGAUUGACUUUGCGGUGGUGACCAUCUUUGCCCGCGAGGUGUUGGAAGGUUCCCUCAUCAUUGGCGAAUUCCGAACCAUUAUCUUGCGGGCUGGAGGGUCUCUGACUGAAGAAGAGCAGAAUAACUUGUUACGGGCCAUCAAUGUGGCAACUGUGAUUGCGACGAUUGUGGCCGUGAUUCUGUGCGCGGCCGUUGCGAUUCCUCUCGCAGUCUUGUCCAUGGACUUUGACUCCAGAACGUCCAGCAUCAUUGAGGGUGUUUCCAAGCUGGUGGCGGCAGUCUGCAUCCUUCAGCUGUCACUUAAGCUUCCCAAGUGGCUGGGGAUCUAUCAAAGCCACAAAACUCAAAUAUCCGAUGAAGAAAACGAAUUCGAUCUAACAAUCAACAGCAUUCGCUUCAACGUGGCUUGGAACAUUUGGAGGGAAGUGGGAGAGUGUGGAGUCUUUCUCAUUCCCUUCUUCUUGAAUGGCGAAGAAGCCAUUGCCAUUCCACUAAGUGCUGUUAUCGGAUGCGUCGUGGGAGGUUUGGCUGGUUGGGGGAUCUACUACGCCAAUGGGAGAAUGAAAAACAAACUAUCUCUGGCCAUCUUUUCGGCUGGAUUGCUUCACUUGCUAUCCACUGGUCUCUUCACCAGUGGUUGCCACAAGUUCGAAAUGGUAUUCGGAUCUACCCCAGUGGUUUGGCAGUUGGAAGGCGACUUUUGGAGCAUUGAUCGGUUACCCAUGACUAUCAUCAAGCCCUUUGGCUACAGUGAUACUAGAACCGUACUGCAAAUGUUAUGCUUCUGGUCCUGGAUGAUCUUUGGGUUGCUGCUUCACUACCGCAAGUGGCUCAUCACAAAGCGUGUGAGAGCUGAGCAUGCAGCCAAAAACUCCCCAGCUCCUUCCACCGCUGAAGAGGGAGCUGACAGCGACUGCGAUGACGAAGGAAGCGGUGAUAGCUUACCUGUGAUUGUUGAGGAGAAAACCGCUCCUGAAAUGAUUGCUUACGCUGUAUGAUCACUCGACACGAUCACUUCCAGCCAUGACGUUUGGCUCUGUACACAAUAAGGCACUCCUUUUACAUAGAAUAUAUUAAACCAUACAAACUUUUAAGUUGCUUUUUACUCAUUGCU